UUUGCAGUUUAAACUGGCGGGUGAAAAUGUCUUGUAGAGAAAGGUCACCUUCUCACAUGUGCUGACGUUUCUUGAAUAACAACCGUCAAGGAGUUUCUGCUUUAGGUUCACAUUGAGGAUGAAGGCGUCAUUGGCUAGGCAGAUUUAUUGCCUAUCCCUAAUUGCCCAGAGGACAGUUAAGAGUCAGCCACAUUGCUGUGGGUCUGUAGUCACAAGUGGGCCAGACCAGGCUUGCUGAGAGGCUGCAAGAAGAAUACUUUCUAAGGGAAAAAUAAGUCUUGAGAUCUGAAUUCAUUUGAAUUGGCAGAAGAUCCACAGUUAAUUCAAAACAAACUCUGAAGACAGAAUUAAAAUACAAGUAAAGACAUGGCUCACCAGGUCACAUCACCAGCAUUGGCCCCACCUGAGAAAACUACCACUGUUGAUUUUCCCAUUGAAUACGUUGACCAAAACUAUACUCACACUUCUGUGCUUCCCAGAGGAAGGAGCUUGAGCGAUAUGACUGUGAAAGAUGGUUGUGACUUCACAUUGAGUCAACAGGAGUCUCUGUCUUCUCAAGAGUUGAGGCCCAAACCAGAAACUGUACAGAGACGAUAUUUUAAAGUUGUUAAACAUACGCCAAGUGUCAUUUGCUUCUCCAGAAAUUGUUUUAUGUCCCUGAACAACAAUGAUACUGAUGAGGAGCUGUAUGUUGUUGAGACACAUCCAAGUUUGACUGAAGAAGUGUUUCAGAUAAAGCAAAAGGAUCUAAGCAACAUACACAUCAAGGAAAACCCAAUGAUUGUGACAGACAUUUUGGGUGGAAAUGUUUCAGAAGUUCUUGGACAGCAACAUAACUUGGAAGACAGAAUUUCAAGGUCACAGAGCUGCCCUGACAACUUCAAGGACCAAAGGCAUGACAAUGAGGAUAAUAAUAAUUCUAGCCUGAUGCUGCCAUGGAAGACAGAUAGAUUUAUAUCUGAGCUGAAGGCUAAGGAAGUGUGUGAUUGGCUGCGGGCAGCAGGAUUUCCUCAGUAUGCACAGCUCUAUGAAGAUUCUCAGUUUCCUAUCGACAUCGAGGCUGUCAAGAAGGAUCAUGAUUUUCUCGACAAUGAUUCUGUGAAAUCCCUGUGCAGGCGGCUGAUGACCCUAAACAAGUAUGCUUCUAUAAGGCUUGAUGUCAAUAUCAACAGGAAGUUGGGUGAUGAUUCUGAAGAAGAUGAUCUGUGUGCAAUCAGUGAUCGUUGGGCAUUUCAGCAAGAUAGCAAAAGAUGGUCUCGGCUGACAACUGUUGACUUCCUGUCAAACCGCGCUGAGAUCCUGAGCUCGACAAUGAAGGAGUCAGCCAGUCGGGAGAGUAUGUUGUCUGACCUUAGUGAUCCUGAGGCUUGUUCUGAGCAUUGCAGCAACGGCAGUGCUGGGAGCAUCCAAGAUGAGUUGUUAGGUCAUUAUUCAGGCAGUCAGCUGGAACCAAAGGAAAGUCCAGGGAGUGUUGAGAUGGUUCAUUCUCAAGCAACACAAAAGAAUAAUGAUUGCUCAAGUGACAAUUUUGUUUCCACUGGAACACAAACUACGCUAGACUUCUUGGAGAACCCCAGGAAACACAGGACUAAGAGCUUUCUGAGACGAAUUGAAUCUCUUCGAUUUAGAACGCUUCGGGGUAAAGACAAAACCCUUUCAAAGAGCAAAGAACGAAGAAGUGUCAGGACAGUAUCACAACAGCAGAAUGAACCUUUACAGACCACCAGUCCUUUGAAAACACUGAAUAAGACCCCAAAGGGCUUAAUAGAGGAUGUAUCUCGAUCUAAUUUUGCACCUCUUGUUGACUCUGGGCACAGAAAACACACUAAGGCCUUCAACUCUCGAAGCAGCCAUAGCAUAUUGCAGAGUGGACUAUUCUUGGAGAACUGUGAAACUAGGCUUAUGGCCUCCAACCAUAACAGAAAAGAUGAGCUUUAUUCUCAUGAAGACUAUGUUGUCCGCAUCCCGGCAAACCACAAAGUAGGGACCUUUCCCAAAGCCCUUUCCAUAGAAAGCCUAUGUCCAGGUGCAGAUGAUCAUUUAGUGAACUGGAAAUCAGAAAAUCUGUCCUUUGGAAUGUCUGCAUGCAGUAGCAUCAGCAACUUACAAGGACUCAUGCUUCAGGGACGAAGGGGUUCAUGUAGCUCCAUUGGGAGCAAGCAGAGUAUUUAUGAUAAUGUGCCUGAGUCUCAUCCAUACAAUGAUGCAGCUGGGCGUGAGGACCUCUUCAAACAAUUAGAUGACGUUCUGAAGCAUGUCAAUGGGUUACAGGAGUCUGUGGGCCUCUGGUCAAAAACUAUAUGCACAGAAUUUAAUGACACAGAAUUUAAUGACACAGAAUCUGAUUCUACAGGUGAGACAGUUUUUCCGUUGCCAGGCCUGAAUUUUGAAGACCGCUCUAUGUCUGACGUGGGGACCUCUGCAAGUGAUUUUGACAGCACUGGGAAUUCUGUAAUUGAAACUGAAGAGAUAGAGAUCAGGGAGCGGAGAGAUUCUGGAGUAGGGGCUUCAUUAACCCGACCAAACAGGAAGCUUCGCUGGCACAGUUUCCAGAACUCCCACCGCCCAAGCCUGAAUUCUGCCUCAUUGGAAAUCAACAGACAGUCAGCAGCUCAGCUGAACCUUCUGCAACGUUUUUCUUUACUGCGCCUGACUGCCAUCAUGGAAAGAUAUGCUGUCCGUAACAAGCAGGGCUGGAACUGGGGUGUUCCCAAGUUCAUGAAAAGGAGCAAGGAACCAGAUUACAGAAGCAAGAAUGUGUUUGGUGUUCCACCAAUUGUAAAUGUGAAGAGGUCAGGUCAACCAAUCCCUCAAAGCAUCCAGCAAGCCAUGCGCUACCUACGCAGCCAGUGCAUGGGCCAGGUUGGCAUCUUCAGGAAGUCAGGGGUAAAAUCUCGAAUCCAGGCUCUGAGGCAAAUGAAUGAAAACAGCCCUGACAAUGUUAAUUACCAUGGUCAGUCAACAUUUGACGUAGCAGACAUGUUAAAGCAAUAUUUCCGGGACCUCCCAGAGCCCAUCUUCACCAACAAACUGACAGAAACAUUUCUGCAGAUCUAUCAAUAUGUUCCAAGGGACCAACGCCUCCAAGCCCUUCAGGCUGCAAUUGUGCUGUUGCCAGAUGAGAACCGUGAGGUACUUCAGUCGCUAUUGUACUUCUUGAGUGACAUUGCGUCAGUGCAAGAGAACCAAAUGACUGCUGGAAAUCUGGCUGUCUGUCUUGCUCCAUCACUGUUCCAUCUAAAUGUGCCAAAAAAAGAAGCUUCCUCACCAAGGGUGAUUCGAAAAAGAGGUGUACUGAGCAAACCUGAUCAGAGGGACCUCAAUGAAAAUCUGGCAGCAACUGAGGGAUUGGGUCACAUGAUUGCAGAGUGCAAGAAACUAUUCCAGAUCCCACAUGAUAUAAUGGUGCAGUCCCGAAACUCUUAUAUUGCAGUUGAUGCACAUCCUCUGCCCAUGGAAGGAUUCAGGGGACAUCAUGAAGGCAGGGAUAAGGACUAUAUGAUCUGCAUGGAAGACAUUAUCCAGGACUUAUUAAGGGACGCUGGGGAAAAAUUCAAAGGCUGGACCAACAUCCAAGGACCUGUGAACACCGAACUUUCUUACAAGAAGGUUGGUGAUGGACAUCCCCUUCGUUUAUGGAAAGUGGCAACCGAGAUAGAAGCAACUCCUAAUUCUGUAUUAAACCGUCUGCUAAGAGAACGCCACCUUUGGGAUGAUGAUGUCCUGGUCGUAAAUGUUGUGGAGCAAUUGGAUAAAAAUAUGGAGAUCUGCCAUUAUGUUCUGGACAGCAUGGCACCACAUCCCAGGCGAGACUUUGUUGUUCUGAGGGCAUGGCGGACUGACUUACUGAAGGAAGCAUGCGUUCUGGUAGCAGUUUCUGUUGAGCAUGAUGCAGUGCACCUAGAAGGCGGUGUGAGAGCAGUAGUCCUGAACUCACAGUACCUGGUUGAGGCUUGCGGCUCAGGCCGGUCUAGACUCACGUACAUCUCCAGGACGGACCUGAGGGGUCGGACUCCAGAAUGGUACAACAAGGUAUCUGGGUACCUCUGUGCGGUAGAAGUUGCUAGAAUACGGGAUUCUUUUCUGGCACAAAAUUCACGGGGUCUACAUAUGAAAUGAGUUGACACUGCAAGCAAAAGAAAGAUGUAUUUAAUGAAUAUUCUCUCUUCACAACUGGCAUUAAAUGGUCAAUCUUCUAUCUACCCUAACCAGAUGAGAUGCAUCACGAGAAAUCUUCAGCCUGCUCAGUGUUUAUUUACAAUAUGAGUUUUUCUGUUAUCCCUUUAUAAUAUCCAAAUAUUUACUUCCUGGCCACUACCAUACUUUGUGCAAAGGUAUCAUUCCUGACAUUACUCAAAGUAAGUAAUUGUUAUUUGAUCAUUUAUAUUGAUAGAUUUUUAGCAUCAACGUAGAAAUGAGUCGGUGAGAUGCAUUAAAAAAGACAUUGUUCCUCUGUCUAGUGUCUUGGUUUUAAUCUUUUGCCUAUUUGUAUGGUUGUAAUCCAUUAACUGCUGCGGCAUUCUUGCACCCCUACAUCUGGGGUAAAGGAAGGUCUCAUUUCGAUUUGUGUUCAAAGUUUUGAAAGUUUACUGUUUUGGACUGGUUCAAUGUCUGUAAAUCUGUUCACAAUGAUAUUCUCAACCAACACAUUCAGUUAGCAGAAAAGAUAAAUGCAAGGAAAUGUCUUGCAAUUUGGAGUGGAGACCCUUAAACAAUGGAAUAAGGAAAUGAGAGGUGUAUGAUUGUUAACUUUCAGAGAAGUGUUUACUGUGUAUGGGGAAGUGCUGGGGAUGUUGAUGGGAGGGUGUGCGAAUUGGUUGCUGAGCUGAAGUAGAAUGGUGUUUUUGGGAACUUGUGUGGGUUGCUGCUGACUGUCUUGCCUGUAGGUUCUUGCUGUGUCAAGAAUAAACAUUUAUACCAUUUGAGGUUAUUUUUAUAAUCUCAUGCUCACACUUGACCUUGCAUAUUUCUGUAGUGCACUACAUUGAGUUGCUGCACAAAUAAGAUAGUUAACAAGACGCAGUGCACUGUGAACCUGUACUGUGUAAAUACCUAGCAUUUACAUAGACUACUUCUUGUCUUAGUUAUAUAAAAGAUUGGAGCUGGAAGUAGGAGGAAGACUGUCUCAUUGACAAUCCAGAUAAAUCCAGUUUGUUCCCUUUCCAGUUGUUCGUGGGAAGAUGUUGCAAGGGAGUACAGGAAUAAGUUUUAACUAGAUCAAUCAUGAUGCAACCUCCAGGAAUAUUCCGACCAGAAUUGGCAACUCUAGAUGUGCUCCAUUCUUUUGCCACGAUAGAGUAACAAUGUCAAAUGAUGCACUGGAAGCCUUUCAUAAGAGGGCAUUGAUGGAACUUAUGUGUGAUUUCCCUCAAUAUUUAUUUCUCUGCUUUGAAUUUAUUUUAAUUAUCAAAUUUUAUUUUGUUUUAACUAGUCUGGAUAGGCCAUUCCACUCUAGAUCUAUAAAGAGAUGAAAUUUCUAGCAUCCCAUACUACUAGGUUUAACACCCUCCAUUCCAAUUUAUUAUUUUCCAUGAUAUAAUCCUUGUAAAUGGUAGCUUUUGUAUUAAUUUUGUUUGAGGACUUUUAGCACCAUGCAAGGGAAGAGCUUGAUACAUCCUAGUUGGUUGGAUGUCUAACCCAGUGGAUAUGAUAGCAUAUGAACAUUACUGGUUAUUUUUAAUCCGGGCUAUUCUGAUAAUAAUCCUCCAUUUCCACUUACUAAAAAUACAAUUUGAUUUAAAAUAGAUGUAAAAACCAUGAUUUUUAAAAUGCAGUUUAAGACAAACAAUCCUUUCAACUACAAAUAAGUCAAUGUGUUUAAUUUAUAUUGUCUGGUGUGUCUAAGAAUGUUUGUCACUAUUUUCUUUUGCAUCAGUUUGAUGCUAUUUCUAGUCAAGGUAGAUACAUGCAUUGCAUUGUCAUUACCCGGUGCUUUGAUUUCAGACUAAUUGCUGCUGGUCACUGUGCAGUAUUGGAAGUAAUCUGACAUUUGUAUUAUCAUGAUGUUGAUGUAUGGAUUGUGCUGCUCUAUAGCUCUGUUGUUAGUAUUUGCCUUUCUCUGUGGUCCAGCACACUCACUUCACCUUGGCAACACCAAUGAGCCUGACUGAAACCGAAGAAAUGUCCAAUUUAUGGCAAAGUGGAAUGAUAGUUUGGCUGGAAUGCCAACAUUUUAACAUUGACUACUAAUUGUUACAUUCUAUUCAGACACUUUUUUUUCUGUUGCAUUGCAAACCUUUUAAAUCCUUUUAGCUUUGGUGUCUAUGAUUCAUGCGUCUGCAUUGACCUUGAGGAGCCUUGUUGAAGGAGCAUUAGAAAUUUGUGAAUGAUACCAUGGUGAGCAGAUGAUGCUUCGUAAGCUGAACAGUCAUGUCUUCAAUCAGUGGAUCCAAUUUAGUGGACAUUACAAUGUCAACUUUUUAGAGAAUAGAAGAAAUUGUUUUAUUCUAGAGUUAGUGUGGUCUCUUGCUUGAAUGUUACUGAACUAUUGGUGAAACAGUUUCAUGUUUUAAUUGUUAAAGAAGAAAGCAAAAUUAAACUUCUUCAGAAAUCUUCACUUUUCAAUUACGACAUUUCACAUUUUAUCUUUACAUUUCUUCCACGUACCACUUAUUGCGAAAUUUUUACUUAAUCACAAGAAUAAAGUUGGUGCCAGUUAUAAGAUUUUGAUCACUAUCUAAAGGUUUUUUGCAGGCGUUUUUUUUUAACAGGACUUGAUAAUAGUUGACUUCAAGUCCUAGGGUAAAAGAGAUAUGACAAUUGCUUGAGUUGUGUUGUGACUGAAAAUCUGAAUGAUGAGCCUUUUAUAGCAAUUCUUAGCUGUAUCACAAGAUUGAGACAAUUUAUGAGCCAGAAAAUGACAAUGCACCGCAAGAUCAACAAAGCUGUUCUUUUGAGUAUGGCAGGGAUAAAUUAUUUUGGGUUGGAAGGGAGGUGUUGCUCUUGACUUUAAAAGAUGGAAUAUGCUUGUCAUAGGACGCUGGAACAGGAAGGGUGUGGGAAAGGAAAUAAAUAAAACAACAAGCAGUGAUGUGAGUAUAAAUGAUCUGCAACCCAGAUGUGUUACAGCAACCAACUGCAAAAACUAUUUAUCUUCAUGAAUAGAAAUGUAGCAUAGAAAUUUCACUGGUGAGCCUCAUAAUAAGGUCUGCAUUGAGACUCAAAGUAUGUACCUUCAUCUUCUAAUCAAAUAUUAAGUACUGUAAAAAUGACUUGCAAACUGAUAGAAUCAUUGAUAUGUCAAACCAAGAAAUGCAGCAAAGAUAUAUGACGUAUAAAUGGUUAAAUAUUCUGGAGUUCUGACUGAUUCCCUUUUGGGAAUCAAUGUAUAAAUACUGCAGAUGCUGGAAAUCUGAAACAAACAGAAUGCUGGAGAAACUCUGUGGGUCUGGCAGCGUACCAAAAUCAUACCAGACUUGAAACGUUAACUGUUUCUCUCUCCACAGAUGCAGCCAAACUUGCUGAGUUUCUCCAGCAUUCCCUGUGUUUGUUUAAUAUUUAUACAGGCCUUUUCAUCAGGAGAUGGAAUGACUAGGCUGGAUAGGCCAUAACAAAAUAUUAAAGGUUUGCAGAAGCUUCACAUAGGGUGGCAGAAUGAACAUUUUUCGAAUUCCUGGUUUCUUGUAUUCAAAGCUCCUUUCUCUGACCUCUGAAGAUACCAAUUUUUCUUUGUAUGGUGAAGAAAAAACCCAAAAGGCAUUAUGUAUGGGGAUGUCAGGGAGAAUGCUGUUUAACCAACAUUAUUGGGGUGAUUAUUACAGGGUUGUGCUUCAGGCAAACAGCCUAAUCCAUCAGGAGAGUAUUUUGGAAAUCAGAAGUAUGUUUUAUAUAAUUUUCCAUUCAUCAUGAUCAUUGGUUGGAAAAAUGUGGAGAGCAACCCUCAAUUUAUUUAGUUGUAUCUUUGUUUAUAUCAAGGCAUUGUGUUCUUAUGUUGAGAGAAGAGAGACAUGAAGAAUGCAUAUGUGCAACACAGGUUCUUGUGUGUUAAUAGAUGUUACCUGUGCCCAGUGAUUUAUAGUAAUGCGGAGGGAAUGUGUGUGAUUGAGUAUUCAUGGAUUGGAAGACCUUGAGAGAUACAUAAUGGCACAGAUUCUAUUUAAUAUUGAAUAUUUUUGAUCUCAGGUAUUUAACUUGUUACGAGUUUUUGUUGCCAACUGUAUAUAUUGUAUUUCUAUAAAAUCUAUCCAAUGUGAAGCAUUUGUAUGAACUUUUUAAAACAAAAAUUAUGC